UACGCCGUCUCCGCCUAUCUCCCUCUGUUUGCUGAGAAGGUAUCGGUACAAGGGAAAGUGGGUGCUAUGGACAAAUCCACCCCCUAACAUUUGCAAAAUAGCGCAUCUAACAGAACAGCAGCUCUGUUAAAAACCGCAACCAUGUUCGGCCGGUCACGGAGCUGGGUUGGAGGACAGGGGAAGACGAAAAACAUUCACUCGUUGGACCAUUUGAAAUACAUGUACCAUAUUCUCACCAAAAACACCACUGUGACGGAUCACAACCGAAACCUGCUAGUUGAGACCAUCCGCUCCAUCACAGAGAUCCUCAUCUGGGGGGAUCAGAAUGACAGCUCUGUGUUUGACUUUUUCCUGGAGAAGAACAUGUUUGUCUACUUCUUGAACAUCCUGCGGCAAAAGUCUGGGCGCUACGUCUGCGUCCAACUCCUUCAGACCCUCAACAUUUUGUUUGAAAACAUCAGCCAUGAGACUUCCCUAUACUAUCUGUUGUCGAACAACCACGUCAACUCCAUCAUCGUCCACAAGUUCGACUUCUCAGACGAAGAGAUCAUGGCUUACUAUAUUUCCUUCCUCAAGACCCUGUCUCUCAAGCUGAACAACCACACUGUGCACUUCUUCUACAAUGAGCACACUAAUGACUUUGCCCUGUACACCGAAGCCAUUAAGUUUUUCAACCACCCAGAAAGCAUGGUUCGCAUCGCGGUUCGCACCAUCACACUCAACGUAUACAAAGUUUCAUUGGACAACCAGCACAUGCUUCACUACAUUCGAGAUAAGACAGCGGUCCCGUAUUUCAGUAACUUGGUCUGGUUUAUCGGUAGCCAUGUCAUCGAACUGGACAAGUGUGUGCAGACAGAUGAAGAGCAUAAGAACAGAGGAAAGUUGAGUGACCUGGUAGCUGAGCACCUUGACCAUCUUCACUACCUGAAUGAUAUCCUCAUCAUCAACUGUGAAUUCCUGAAUGACGUGCUGACAGACCACCUCCUUAAUCGUCUCUUCUUGCCCCUCUACGUCUACUCUUUGGUCAGUCCUGAGACGUCUGAAGAGCGGAAGAUUAAUCCCCAGGUGUCCCUCUACCUGCUGUCUCAAGUGUUUCUAAUCAUCCACUAUCAGCCUCUAGUCAACACCCUUGCAGAUGUUAUCCUCAAUGGGGACCUCUCUGUGUUCAGUUGCCAGCCAGAUGUACACAGCACACACAAAAACACGCAUACAAGUGCAGGUGGUCUGCGUCGCUUCGCCAAACCCACAGAGUCUUUGGAGCGGUCCCUAGAAAUGUCUCGCCAUCGAGGCCGCAAGAGAACUCAGAAAAGACCAAAUUACAAAAAUCUGGGGGAGGAUGAUGACGAAAGAACAGGAGGAGGCGGUGGCAGCGGUGGAGGUGAACUAGAGGAGGGCUGGGAUGACGACUGCAGCAGAGGAGGAGGAGAGAGGGAGAAGGGAAAAGGUACAGAGGGAUUAGGAGGAGGAGGAAGUGGGAGCUCUAAGGGAGGCAGAGCGAGUGGGGAGAUGGCAGAAGAGAUUGAGAUGGUGGUGAUGGAGAAGUGCAAAGCUUCACAACUGACUGAGCAGAACAUCACUGAUGAGGAGAAGACUGCUGCUGCAACUCGAACACACACACAAAGGUGCAGACCAUUCCUGGACAUGGUGUACAGCGCCCUUGACUGCACAAAUGAUGACUAUCACGCCCUGUUUGUGCUCUGUCUGCUUUAUGCCAUCUCACACAGCAAAGGUGUAAACCGUGAUCUUCUGGAGCGUCUGCAGUUGCCGGUUCCCGACCAGGAGAGAGGUUCUUACAGCGUGGUGCUUGUGGAAAGACUGAUCCGAAUUAUGAACCAGGCAGCUCUGCCAGAUGGUAAGGUGCGCCUUGCUACUCUUGAGCUGAGUUGCCUUCUGCUGAAGCAGUCUGUUUUGUCUGGAAGCCACUGUUUAAUCAAAGACGUCCAUCUAGCCUGCCUCGAGGGGGCCAGAGAAGAAAGUCUUCAUUUACUGCGGAGAUUCUACAGGGGUGAAGAAAUCUUUCUGGACAUGUUUGAGGAUGAAUACAGAAGCAUGACGAGUAAACCCCUGAAUGUGGAGUAUCUAAUGAUGGAUGCCUCAAUACUGCUGCCACCCACCGGCACCCCAUUGACUGGUAUCGACUUUGUAAAGAGACUACCUUGUGGAGAUGUGGAGAAGACCCGCAAGGCUAUUCGAGUGUUCUUCAUGUUGCGGUCAUUGUCCCUUCGGCUUCAAGGAGAACUGGAGACCCAGCUCCCUUUGACCAGACCUGAAGACCUAAUCAAGACAGAUGAUGUUUUAGACCUCAAUAACAGCGACUUGAUAGCGUGUAUGGUGGUCAGCAAAGAUGGCAGCCAAGCCCAGAGGUUCCUCGCUGUAGAUGUGUACCAGAUGAGUCUGGUUGAACCAGAAACCAAACGUCUUGGUUGGGGAGUAGUCAAGUUUGCCGGCCUUUUGCAGGACAUGCAGGUGUCUGGUGUUGAGGAUGACAGCAGAGCUCUGAAUAUUGUUAUUCAUAAACCGAGCUCCAACCCUCACGCCAAGCCCCUGCCAAUCCUGCAGGCCAACUUCAUCUUCGCCGAUCACAUCCGCUGUAUCAUUGCCAAGCAGAGGCUAGCCAAAGGUCGCAUUCAGGCUCGACGCAUGAAGAUGCAAAGGAUUGCAGCUCUGUUGGACCUGCCGGUGCAGCCCAGUGCUACAGAGGUGUUGGGUUUUGGUCAGACUGCCACCGCCUCGCCCAGCGGCCUGCCUUUCCGAUUCUACGAACAGUCAAGGCGAGCGCCCAAUGAUCCCACUACGAACAGAUCAGUAUUCGCUUCUGUCGACAAAGUGCCAGGUUUUGCAGUGGCCCACUGUGUGCCCCAGCACAGUCCUUCACCACUCUCCUCCCCAUCGCCUCCCUCCAGUGGGAGUGGGAGCACCGGGAGAUGUGACUCUGUUACUGCAAGCACUACAUCGGUUCAGAGCCCCUCAGAUGAUGGUGCAUAUUUGGAGCACACCCCAUCCUCGUCUUCUGGCUGUGAAGGUGAAGGAGGAGGCGGAGAACCUCCUUCUACUCCAUCUAACCCAGUCCCUGUACCAGCCCUGGCACCAAGCCUCACUCCGGCUUCCCAGCCCACCAUCUCCCUGCUUACAGACAGCAAUGCAGACACCCUAAGUGUGGAGUCGCUCACACUGCUGCCCCCUGCCGACUCACCGCACCUGCAUCCAUGUGCUGCAACCCACUCCCUACCGAGACCAGAUGCCUCCAUAAUAGAGGAAGAGGAAGAGGCUUAUCGGGAAAGAGAAGAGGAGUUGCAAGAAGAGGAUGGGUCACUGAUGGAUGAGACAGAGACAGAUGCUACAGUUAAAGAUGAAACUACUGAAACAACUGACUUGAUCACACCCACUGAUGAAGGUCCUGAGGGAGCAGACCAGCAAGGUGAGGAUACAUCUUUUGAAGUUGAAAGAGCGAACAGAGCAGCAACAGAGUCUGUGGAGAAGACUGUGGAUGCAGAGAUACACAAAGAAUCAGCAGAGUCCCCCGAACUGGAUUAAACAGCCUCCAUACAUUCACACACACAGAAUGCUGUAUGGUGGGCUGACUGUCCAAUACUGGCUGCAGUAUAUUUUCAUAUCACCAUCCAUGGGGAUCUUCGGGUGUGAUGUAAAUACUCCCAGGAUGCAUCAGGAGGCUUCUCCUCAUUUGUGUCUGCACAGGAAAAAAGACACUUUUUCCUCAGAGAACAAAUACACUGGUCAAAGCCCUGGAAGGCUCAAGCACAUUGUUUUCUGAGCAUUCGAGUGUGACAGCUACAGCGUGUGUCGAGGUGCGCAACCAGCAAACAUUUUUAUUCAUUCUGAUACUUCAUUUAUACACCACAUGCUAAGAAUGUGAGCAGUUUUCACACUUUUCUAUGAGAUAUUUCAGUUCACAUAAAUAGUCACCAAACAUUUUGGGCAGCAGUGUUCACUACUGUGCUAAACACACACACACACACACACAAUAUACACGCCUGCCUUUUCACAGCAGCAUGUCAGACCUGUUUCUGCCAUCCCUAAACUGGGUUACCUAGGGGUUUUUUUAUCUGUUGAAAGUGGUGUCAUGGACCGUAAUUAGCAGAAGCAACUUUUUCUCAGACUAACGGAUGUUAACAUGGUCCAGCUUUCACUCCAUUCAUUUUUAAGAGGUGAAUCACCAAGUGUGACCGUCACUAACAUGUUGUGAAUGAUUGUAGUAAAGCAAAGGCAUGCUAGAAGUACAUAAUUUAACACUCAGUAAUUCAUUUCACGCAGUUAUUUAUUAAAUUACUAUUUCAGUCUAAUUAUGCAGAUAAAGAGCUAAGUCUGUGAUAAAAAGAAAACAUAGUUUAGUUUUAAUUGUUUUAUUCUUCAAAUAUCUGGGAUUGGAUUUAAAUUGAGGAAUGCUGUUUAAUGUCCCUAAGGCUUUUUUCUAAAUGUAAGAACCCCAUUGCUGAAAAAGCUUUUUGGUAAAGCCUGACUAUUUCGGACGAAAACUAAUGAAAGAAAACACAUUUUUUGUUCCUCAGAACCCAUAUGCUAAGGUCAAACUGCUUCUUGGCUUCCUGCUUUAAUCAGAUGAAUGAAUCUUUACUACUGCAAUAACCCUAAAGCUAACCAAUAAAAGGAGAGAUGAAUGUACGGUUUCACUUUUCUCUCCACAUGGGAGUGUUUGAUUAACAUUUGUUCUCAACUUGAGUUUCCAUAUCUUAGGAACAAAGCACACUUUGAUUGUUUAAACCUCUGUUUUACUUCUGUUCAAUCUAAUGUUUUCUUUUCUUCAGCUCAAACUUUAAUCUUCUGUGCCAUCCGAACACAAUUUAUGUCUUAAAGUUAUUUUUCAUGCUUAAUUUUUUGUCUAAAUCCAGAGCAAUACUCUCUUUUAUGGGUCUGUCUCCUGUUCUUUUCAUCCUGUUACUGUAAAUAGCAGCAGAAUGAGGAUGGGGAUCCCUGGCAUGCCGAAGUGGCACGACCCAGUUUGUGUAGUUGAAUGGGUUGGUUUAGGGCCUAAACCACUGGAAACUACAAGAACAUGCCAGUAGGAGCCUCCAUUGUUAUCUGAUUGUAGUGUGAGAGUGUAUGAUAUGUUUGUAUGCUCUGUAAAUGCUCUGCGCUUUUAAACUUGUAAGUAUUAUUAAUGAAAACAGAGGAAUAAAGAACUGCAAUAAAUUAUUCUACUUAACAUCA